UUGUGUUUGAGUACAAACUGUCAAGCAAUAUUCACGUGUAUUUCAACAGAGAACUGAACAUCUAAAAUCUUUUCUAUUUAAAUUUCUGAAAUUUUAUAUCAUUUUGUAUAAAAAGAGUGAAAAAUAUAUUUUAGAAUAAUUUAAAACUAAAAAGAUAAUAUGUCUUCAUCAUUCUUUUUGAAAAAAGAACCGAAAAACAAUAAAAAGCGGAAGUUCGAAGUUGGUCAAUUUUCAGGUGCUGGCGCCAAAGGUAAAAAUAAGUUGAAAUCUAAUGAUCCCCCUGCCAAAAAAAAACCACAAAUAGAAGAUGAAGAAAUUGCCAGUGAUGAUGAAUACGAAAGCGGCGUUGAAGGAGAUGGAGCACCAAAUUUAGUGUUUUCUUCCGAUGAUGCAGAUGAAGAAACACCACAAGAUAAAAGACUUCGUUUAGCUAAGCAAUAUUUGGAAGAAAUUGGAAAGCAAGAAGCGGACAAAGAAGAAGAAAAAGAACUUCAUGAUCAGGUUUCGCAUAGACUACAAACAGAAUAUUUAGAUAGCGUUGGCAAACUUCGCAGAAAUAUAGCGGCAUCCAUACAAAGUUACGAUGCAGAAAAUGUAGUAAAACUGAAACAUAAAAAGCAGCAUUUGCCAAUGUGUUCUCUUGCUUUAUCUGCAGACGGCAAAUAUUUGUUUACAGGAGCAAAGACUCAAUUUGUUCUAAAGUGGAAUUUAAAAACUAGCCGAUUGAGGGCUUUCGAUGUACAGGCACAUAAUGAAGAUGCCAAUGCAGAUAUAAAACGUAGAUCACACGUUAUAGCGUUGUGCUUAUCGAGUGACUUCCGUUAUUUGGCAUUGGCAGAAGGCGGCAAUACUAUACAAAUUUGGUGCCCCAAGGAAUUAAAACAUUUAAAAACCUUUCACGGCCAUAGGGAUGUUGUAACAUCAUUGGUAUUUCGUAAAGACACCCAUGAGCUCUACUCCGCAUCUAGAGAUAGAUCUGUUAAGAUUUGGUCAUUAGAUGAAAUGGCCUACAUAGAAACUUUAUUUGGUCACCAGACGGCUAUUACCAGCAUUGAUGCGUUAUCCCGCGAACGUGCAAUAACAUCUGGCGGUUCUGAUUGUACUUUGAGAAUUUGGAAAAUUACUGAAGAGUCUCAAUUGAUUUACAAUGGACAUCAUGAUAGUAUAGAAAAUGUUAAAUUUAUCAAUGAUGAGAACUUUAUAUCUUCGGGUGUUGAUGGAUCGUUAGGACUGUGGACUGCAUUAAAAAAGAAACCACUGUAUACUGAAGCUUUAACACACGGAGUACAAUCUAACGGGGAACCUAAUUGGGUCACAGCAAUUGCUUGUGUUGUAAACACAGACUUAAUAGCUUCUGGUUCAUCUGAUGGUUUUAUUCGCCUUUGGCAGUGUGCGGAAAAUAACCGCAAAUUGAAAUUAGUUUUAAAAAUUCCAGUUAAAGGUUUUGUAAAUAAUUUAGUUUUUAAUUCUAAUGGAACUAAGCUUUUUGCUGCAGUUGGCCAAGAACAUAAAUGGGGUCGCUGGUGGCGUUUACCAUCAGCUAAAAAUCAAAUUAUUGUUAUUGAUUUAAUUAGAUCAACUACUUCAAAUGAAAACAAAGAAAAAAUUAAAUGAAAUACUAAUUUUAUAGAAUUUUUUAUAAAUCUGUAUCUUAUAGAAUA